GCAUUUUGUCGUGGUGAAGCUGGUGGUGACCGGUACAUUACUCACGGUGCUGGUACUGGUAGCUGGUACCUGGUAGCACCACUUUACCGGUAUGCAUAUGAGAAUCGCAUCCUCGACCACUGGGACCAAGUGGGUAUGACUAUGAAUGUGCGAUCGACUAUCGACUGUGAAAGGCGCGGCAACGCAAAGGAGCGCGCAAUAAAUAAAUAACUAAUGACUCGACUGCAUGCUUGGAAGCAGUCUGUUACGUUUUGUUAUCUUGCAACAGUUUGAGUUCCAUUCUAAUACACAGCCGACUUAGACUAUCAUCUUCAGCCUCAAAGCUAGCUAGAACAAAUUGUAUUAGCACGGUGAUAGCAAACACUCAAGCACAUUAUUAACGAUACAGUAAGAGAUUAGCCGCUUUGGGCUGUCUAAGUUUCUCACUAGUCUACGAAAGACGAACGGUAUUUUAAAAGAGAAGACAUUGAUACACACAAACGCAGCCAAAGAAAAACCAACUAAAUUAAAAUUAAAUCAGAGCUCAUCAGAGCUGAUCAGAUCAGAUCAGAUCAAAUCCGAUCAGAUCACUUGAGUCCGCGGAAAACGGAAAACAGAAAUCGGUACUUCGUUGGUAGCUUGGUAGCUUGGUACCGGUAGCUUCGAUAGCGGAACCAAUCUACGAUUCCCAUCGCAUCGCAUCCCAUCCCAUCCCAUCGAACAGAAGAUGAAGAAUUCCUUUUGGAAUACUAGUAUUACUGGUACUGGUAGUAUUACUGGAAUUGGUAGUACUAUGAAGACGGUCCUUGUUGUGGCCACAGUCCUCCUCCUGUCUGCUUUGACAGCACCGGUACAGGCCGAAGAUCCCGGCAGAGUUGGUUCUCUCCCAGGACUAGGUGGAAUCGGGGGAAUUGGCGGGAUUGGCGGAGGAAUUGGAGGAGGAAAUUCAAGGCCCACCGUACCCUCCCCGGCUCCAACCCGUCGUCCUGUUCAUGUCGCCAGCAACUACUCAAAUCCAUCACCUGUCGAUCUCGUGUACAAUGCGUCCAUUGGACCUUGUACCAAUCAGAGUGAGCUAUUCCAAGCAUCUGUGUUCUUGACUCAUGAGUUAAAUGGAACUGUCAACAGGUCAAGGGUCAAUACUCCUCCCCUCAUUGCCGAAUCGGCUUCUCAUCUCGACAUUGACAAUUCAGAAAUCUUGCUCAUGUCUGAGCUCAUCGUCACCACAUACAAUAACUUGUCCGAACAACUCUGUGAUCCAUACUACUGCCGCCUUUACGCUGCCAUGGCCGACAACAGCAGCAAGAGAUUCUUCUUCACACCUGAUAACGAAGCCACUGCAAACCAUCCUUCCGUCUUUGUUAGGGUCAGAUACGAUCUACUCGGAUUCUGCGAAAAUCUUGAUGCACUUCGUCUUCAGGGGGCCUUUGUUUUCCACAAGGCCAUCACAAGGACUGUCGGAUGCUUCUUCAGUGACUUUACUGCUGCAUUCCAGCAAACUGAAAAUGUUUCUGGAACCAUUGCACCCACACAGCUAGAAGAAAUCAAUGACAUGGUCUCAGUCACUCGUGGGAACAUCACUUUCAACUUGACUAAUGGGACUCUCACUUUCGGAAACAGGCCCAUCGUCUCCAAGAACGGUGGAAGAGGACUUCGCAGAAAUGACGGAGUCGCCAAAGGAAGACAGUUCCACAGACAGCGCAUUCUCACAAUGGGAUUCGAACAAGAAGCCAGGGGACUUCGCACCCUAGACCUCGGGGCCACUGCAGACAUUAAUGGACUCAACACAAGGUGCCCCUGUAAAACUCCAUUCCCAGAAAGGCGCGCACCCACAGAAAUAGAAUUCCUCGAUGCGCUCACUGAAGCUUACCUCGAAAACCAAACCGCUAGGUUCGAUCCCUACCAACGAAACCACACAAGAUUUGCACAGCUCGGACUUGUCGAUGCAACUCCAAACAGGACCCUCCUCGGCCCUCCCAUCGACAUCGUCGAAAAUAGCACCCUCUACACAUGCGAUCCCAACAGGACUGAAUUCGACACACUUAUCAUCGUUGAUAUCGAAGGAAGACCAGAAAUGAUGACUGCUGAUGAAAGGUUCCUCAUGGAGAGAGCAUUCUUGCUCACAUUCAAUGAAAUGAACUUUUGGGCAUGUGAUGAGCCAUACCAUCGCAUGAUCGAGAAUGUCACUAUCACACAUGUCUUCCCAAACCUUCUCGAUGGAAGGACUAAUAUCCUCGUCUUUGAUAUCGUGGCUUCUUGCAGGAACUGCUCUGGGCUAGACCUGCUACUAUUCACAGAAAACCCAAACAACUUGACGGAUGUCCUAGAAAUGCCAUUCCCUCCCUUCUUGACAGACAAAGAUGAUCUCGAAACCCUGACAAUGCAAUUCGAUUCUUCCGAUAUCGACUGCCACUGCCCUGCAAACACAGAGGACCUUGUGAGAUCUCCCUAUGUCACAGAAUUUGGAACAGCCUUCAAUGAGACAAUCUGGAAACUUAGGGAGACCAUGAUGUUGGAAAAUGUCACUUUUGUAGCAGAAAUCCUCGAAGUGGAGACCUUUGCCUGUGAUGCGGAUCCAAACAGGGCUGUUCAACCAUACACACUUGAUUUUGGUGACACAGUCGAUGAAAGUAACAUGACGGACAUUGACAGGUCAGCCCUUUCGAUGGCAUUCAUGGAUACCUACAACGCACUCAACUUUGAGCUCUGUGACACUCAGAGCUUCAGGAGAGUUCAGAAUGCAACCAUCUUUUCCAUCAACACAUUUGAUGAUAAUGCUGUCAUCUUUAGGAGGCUUCAAGAGGCACCAGGGGUUACCAUUGAAGUCACCUUUGAUUUUGAGUCUUAUAGCUGUCCAGGGACCCUGUUUGACAACUACACCCAGCCUGUUACUGUGCGAGUUACCGAUGCCAUCGAUAUUUGCUUGGAUUCUGGGAUUCCUCCUUCUGGCCAGUUCACUCCCGUUGUCGUGGAGAGAAACGUAACUGGUAAACCCUUCAUGAACUUCACAGUUGAGACGGAUCGUCAACCCACCAGGAGUGUUGAGUUCAACAACCGGACCUCCAUUUUCAGGCUGUUGCCUUCUUUGGAACUUGAUCCUACGAAGUGCUUCUGCGCAAGUGGUGUUAGCGGAAAUGGGACAACCAGAGCGCCAACCAUUGGUGAAUUCCUCUUUGCAUUGAAUACAACCAUUGUCAGCCUGCAAACGGCUGGGUUGUUGGAAGGGCUGGUUCUUAAGGGCAUUGAGACACCUAAACCGCAAACAUGCACAGGAGAAAACAUUACAAGGACUACGACGUUCUUUAUACCAGAAUCUACGCCAGCGCCAACACCGGCACCAACACCAGAGCUAACACCACAGCCAACCACGGCGCCACAGCCAACCAACCCUCCUACACCAAGACCACCAACCCCGCCUCCCUCCCCUCGGCCCUCCCGUAGGCCUACACCCCCUCGGCCUACUCCAAAUCCAACCCGUCGGCCUACCAAUAAUCCAACCCGUCGGCCUACCAAUAAUCCAACCCCCCACACCAAGCCCCACUCCGCUCCUACCCCUCAGCCGACACCCAGUCCCACUCCUGCUCCUACUGCUCAGCCCACACAAAAUCCUACUCCUGGGCCCACACCAGUACCAUCUCCGGCCCCGUCUUAUGUUUGUGAUACAGUUAUGGAUGUCACUAUACAAGCUGUCGACCCCAAUGGUGUCCCAGUGGAACAGCUUGGAAAGCCUGAAGGAACAUGCUCAGUUGAGGUCACAUAUACCUACACGAUUAUCAACACUGGUGUGGUCACCCUCACUGUUACAUUCUUUGACCGUGACCGCAAUGGUGAGGUGGUAGACUUACUACCUAAUCUUGAUCCAGUUGUGAUUCCACCAGGGGAGACAUCAAGUCAGACUGAGGUAGUGACUGUGAACUUUUGCAUUGACAUGAAAUCAUUACUGUGGUUGUAUUCUGAAGCAUCCCAAUCAACAGGACUGAUUGCCGAAGUAGAAGACACACACACAUUCUCAACCACACCAACAUGA